AUGCUACAGGGUGACUGUAUCGAGCGGCAGCCGGACCACAUCGUGGUGGCCGUGACACUGUCGGAGGAAGGCAGAGGGCUCAUCCAAUGGACGAUUAGCCGAUGCCAGCCGGGUGACGUCAUCUACGUCCUCCACGUCAUCGUGCCGCCCACCGAUGGUACGCGCUACACAUCCACUCUCGACUCUCUUCCAUCUCAUGUCGGAGUCGUCGUUUGCACGCCCUUGCGCCUCACCCUGCAAGUUCUUGACAGGCCAUGCAAUCUGCGCGCACCGCCCUCACUUGGCGGAAGUUCAUCACGUGCCAAACGUCUCUCCGCAUCUCAUUUCCGCUCCGCAUUUACCUCGCGUGUCCGCUUCCCCUGUCCCCCGUCCCCGCCUCCCCCACGGCGCAAUUCGCCAGGCGCGCGCCCGCCGCGGCUGGAGGAGAUGCGCGAGGACCAGCGGCGGAAGCUGGAAAUAUUUUCCGCGCUGCUGUGGGGAUUCGAGGCGCUCUGCGACGAGAAGAAGGUGGCGGCGUCGGUGCGCGUGGUGCACGGCGCGAGCGAGGAGCAGGCGGUGGCGGACGAGGCGCGGCUGCUGGGCGCCACGCGGGUCGUCGUGCACAAGGACGGCAUGGGGCGGCGCUUCUCCCCGCGCGCGCUGGAGCAGCGCCUUCCGCCCGCCUGCAUGGUGCUCUUCGUCGGCGGGGGGCGCCUCGCGCUCGCCAAGCGCGGAAAGGGCGGAGUGGGCGCGGCGGAGGGGAAGAGCGCGGGGAACAGAGCAGCAGCGGGUGACGCCACCCCCAACGGCCACCGCCCGCUCUACAUCCCCCUUAUGCGCCUCUUCGGUAGCAGCAAGGACCGCGACGGGUACAGGGACGAGGGCGGCGCUGCCAAGUGCGGUGCUGGUGCUGCCUCGUUCGCGGGUGUGAGCGCCGUGCGGGGGAGCGCCGUGGCGGCUACCCUGGCGCAGCAGCUGGGGUGGGAGCACGAGGCGGAGGCGGCGGAGGAGGAGGAGGAGCGCAAGGCGCGCGAUCAGGUGCGCCGGGGACGAGAUGUGGCGCGGCAAGGGGAGGGGCGGCGGGGCGAGGGGCAGCAGAGUGCGCAGAGCGAGCUGAACGCGCGGCUGAUGAGGCUGCAGCAGCAGCAGCAGCAACAGCAGAUGAUUGAGCAGAGUAGGGGAGGGUUGCGAGGAAGGGAAGGGAAGGUGAGUUUCUAUGUGGGUCAAGGGCAACAGGAGGAAGCGAUGGUAAGAGCUGACAUUGCUAGUGGUGCUCCUGCUGCUACCACUGCUGGCCGCGCUGCCCAUGCUGAAAGCGUUGAGUGCGUUGACUGGGCCAACCGCUGUGACGUGGAAACUGCAUCCUCCUCUUCUUCUUCCUCUGACGAUUCUUCUGAGCGUGGGGAUGCCAAUAACGCGGAUGGAGUGGAUGAUGCGAUACAGGGUACAGUGCACCACUGUAGCUUCCCGUCUAUGGACGCGUCAUCCAUAGGCGCGUCUGAUGUCAGGUACAGGGCACCCGGCAUACAGGGUACAGACGCGUCAGAUGCCGCCCAGCCUGUUCUCGAGUCGUUCUGCUCUGACAUCUCUGCCACGUCAGCUGCCACGUCAUCCUCCGCGUUCUCGUCUCGUUCGGGGGCGUCCUCCCAUUGGACGGACAUCCCCAGCAGCGGCUCCCUCUCAACACCAACCUGCCACGUGUCACAGCAAUCCCACCCUUCAAACAAAACCAAUAGCAACAGCAGCGGCAGCAUCAGAAAGAGCACGAGAGGAGCAAUGGGAGGGGAAGAAGGCGCGCUGGGAGGUGAAGCAUGGGGUGGUGCAGGGCUGGGCAGGAGCAGCAGUGGUGGUGGCGGCGGCGUUGCUGCACACGCAUUCAUGGCGUCGCCGUCCCCUGGCGUGCGAAGAAGCAACUCCUUCACUCAGGGCGCCAGGCACGCAGCUGCAGGGGCAGUGGCAGCACGAGUGGCAGCAGGGGCGGCAGCAGGGGCGGCAGCAGCGGGUAGUGGGCAAGAGGAGCAUGGGGUGGUGGGCGUGGGCGCAGCGGGGGUGUGGGAGGGGCCGUGGAGGAAGCUGCGGUGGCGCGAGGUGGAGCAGGCGACUGAUGGGUUCGCCACUCGGAACCUUGUGGGAACGAGCGGGGGCUACAGCCGGGUGUAUCAGGGGCGGCUGCCUGGAGGGCAGCAGAUAGCCGUGCGACGCGAGAUGCUCACCAGCCCCUCCGCUGCUGAUGCUGGUGGUGCUGGUGGGGUUAUUGCUGGUUAUGGUGCGAGGCAAGGGGGCAGCCCACGAGGCAGCGUGCCAUUGGCUGCGGAGCGCGGGCUGAGUAGCGAGGUGGCGGCUGAGCUGGCAGUGCUGGCGACGCUGAGUCACCGCCACGUGGCACAGCUGGUGGGGGUGUGUGCGGAGAGGAGAGACGAGGUGGCAUUGGUGUUGGAGCACAUGGAGGGGGGCACUCUCGACACUGCACUCAGAGGGGACUCUGGAAACUCUCGGUCUGCUAACCCGGGCCCUCUCGCCUGGUCCGUGCGGCCAAUGGUAGCGCGCCAGCUGGCACUGGCGCUGCACUACUUGCACGAGGGGGCGCCCAGGGCAGUGGUGCAUCGCAACGUGCGGGCGGCGAGUGUGAUGCUAACGAGGGGUGACCAGGUGAAGCUAUCGGAAUUCGGAUUGGCUCUUUUUGCUGCUCCCAAUGAUGCGCCCAUGCAAGUGCCGCUCGCAGGCACCUUCGGCUAUCUGGCCCCGGAGUACCUGUCCCACGGGGCAGCGAGCACGCGAACGGACGUGUUUGCAUUCGGAGUGGUGCUGCUCGAGCUUCUCACUGGCCAGCCCCCUGUGGACGACUCCCGGCCCCGCGGGCUCCAGUGCCUUGUGCAAUGGGCACGGCCACUGAUAGAAGCGGGCAGGCUGCACGAGGUGGCGGACCCAGCCCUGCAGGACAGGUACCACCCGCACCAGUUCGCCCUGCUCGCCCGCACCGCCCUGCUCUGCACGCACAAGGACCCCUCCCAGCGACCCUCCAUGCUGCAGGUGUUGCAUCUUCUGGACUCAUGCCCUCCCAGCAGCACCACCUCAGUCGCACAGCCAUCAGCUCCCCUGCACGCCCACACACCCCUCCACGCUCGCUCCAUUCUCGCAUAG